ACGAUCUUCUCUGAUUGAGGACUGGAUACCGAUAGCGCUCAGUCGUUGUCUUUGAGUUAUUGAGUCGACAGUUAGUGAUCGGUUUUUUGACGUGCACAAAUCAAAAUGGUUCACGAUCCGGAAGCAACGGUUGAUGGUCUGAAAAAACCAAAAUCUUACCGGAAGAGUGUGUGUACCAAGUGUGCUUUUUUGGUGGGAAUUGUCUCGAUUUCGUUGCUUGUGUCGUGCAUGAUAAUGGUGGUGCGGUACAAUUCCAAAUAUUUUCAACAAAUUAUGUUCGAUGAGUCCAGCAUUUUGCGGAAGCUUGUUUCGGAUGUCGAAACUUUGAACGAGAAAUCUUCUCCCCCCGUUGAAGAUAUAAUCAUGGAACCCAUUUGGAUCGAUGAAUAUUAUGAUUCGUCAACUGUCGAAAACAAGAUCGACCUAGAGCAAACACAAGAAUCCACCGAAGAUACAACUGAAAAUUGUCCUCCCGUGAGAAGACUUCUUAUUAUUGAUGGCCCAUACCAAUUCGAUGAUACCCCGUCCGAUUGGUGCGAAAAUAUGACGGAAGAGGAAAAAAAGCUCGGGUGGAACAUUACAACUUAUUGUACCGAAAUUGCCACUCGUUCGCCGUUGCAAGUAAAUAUCUACAACGACAAUGUUACCAUCAUUCAGUUGAACACUCAGCCGACUUCAUCUGACGAGAACAUUUAUCGAUCGUAUGGCGAUAUGCACAGCAAACGGAUCCAGAUCGAAGAGUAUCCGUGCGUUUUCGCAAAGUUGACCUGCGAGCAGCUUCGAAAGCGCUAUCAACCGUUCAAGGUGUACUGCCAAAAGCUGGAGCCGAAUAGGCAAGGUAUAUGGAUAACCGAUGAUUUCGGGACCCUUGAUGCCGUGUCCAUGAAAGGCGACGGGUUCGAAACAACGCCGGAAAAUGCCGAGCAAAGAUUUUUGGUACCUGAUGGUAUUGACAACGAAACCGACAAUUAUGACCUUCUGUGAGGUUUUCGAUAGGUCGAAAGUAUCGAAGUAUUAUUGUAGAUCUAAACAAAUGCGAUUUUACAGUUCAGAGUAGGUUAAAGAUCAAUAGCAGCGAAAAAAUUUGUUAAAAAAUAAAUGAAGAUUAAGUCUAAUUGGAA